AUGCAGGCCUCGCGUGUUUUCAAAGGUAAGUACCUUCCGAGUCAUUAUGCGGCUCACUUUCCUAUAUGUCUCCUCAACAUCGAUUCGGCAUUGAAGAGAAUCAACGUUAACCAACCAUUGUCAACCCUCACAGCAUCGCCUCACUGUGCUGCCAGUCCUGAUGGCAAGUUUAUUGCCACACUCUCUUCUCAGAGUAUCAUAGUGCGCUCAGCGCCCUCACUCUCGAUUGCACAGACGAUCAAGUUACCGCCAGACCUUACGACCCCCGUGUCCACGUUGGCGUGGGCACCGUCAUCAUCUCGUAUCCUUGUUGCAGGCACCGACCAGAUUCAUGUCUUCUCGAUAGUUGACUCGUCAUUCCGAGCCACGAUCAGGAACCCUGCGACAGGCGGAGGAAAACAAACUCUUGUGCAGUUUGGUGCAUAUGAUGACGAGGUCUUUGCUUGUGCUGCUUUCGGCCUUAAACUUUCUAUUUUCGACCUUUCUACUUCCAAAGCUAUUGAGCUCAACAACCCCAAAUUCUAUCUCCCUUCAUCCGCCCAAAGAGGGUAUUCUUUGCGACCACAGAGUUCUCACCUGGCCAUCUUGACGCGGACAAGUGGACGAGAUGCCCUCAGUAUCCACGAGCCCAAGACGAGACAGACGUUACGAUCUUGGUAUCCAGAAACGGUAGAUGCUCACGGCUUGGCGUGGACCCCUGAUGGGAAAUGGCUCCUGCUGUGGGAAGCCUCGGCACAUGGCCAUAAGCUCCUUCUGUAUACACCCGACGGACAAUUCUUCCGCUCCAUUGGCGCAUCUAGCAUUGCCCAGGGCCAAGACGCUGAUCUAGAGACCGGGAUUAAGUGUUGCAGUCUCAGUCAUGAUGCAUCGUUCUGCGCCAUUGGUGACGGUAGCAGAACAGUGAGCGCUCUCCACACAAGAACAUGGAGAGAUGGCUUGAGGCUUACCCACCCCACCACAGUUGUGCCCAAGGACACACUUCAGGUCUGGCAAGAACAGAUCAACAGCUCCUCCCAAGGGAGUGCCUCUUACACAUUUCUACGCGCAACCCAGAUGGUUUCACCUCCGAGUCGAUUGGUAGAUGGAAAGCCCCCAGCCGAUGUCAAGACAGGAUGUUCCUCUUUGGCGUUCGACGCAUCUUCGACUCUAUUAGUCACUAAACUUGACGACACACCCACUACUCUGUGGAUCUGGGAUGUCACCGCAGCUGAACUUCGGGCGGUGCUUAUGUUCCACUCAGUCGUCGACUUUCAAUGGCAUCCAACCGCCCGCGAGCUUCUAUUGGUGACGUGCCAGGAAGAUAAGUACCGUGGUGUAUCUUUCAUUUGGGAUCCACUAUCUCAAGGGCCCAAAGCAGUCAAUUUGGGGUCUCACCUCCCGAACGGCAAGGUCACUGGUAAAACACGAGCUGCCUGGAUAAAUGGUGAGCCCGAGUUCCCGGUUCUGCUACUGUCGGAUGUGCAAAACGGUAUCUUGAUAUCGUGCGCAGAUACGGCGCAGUGCCCAACGCCCUGGCACGAAGGGGCCACCGGCGAUAGAACGUUGGGAUCGGUGCAUGAUAUCGGAGACACGAUUGACGUAUCCGCUCUGAUGCCAGAUGAUACAUCAACACUGGACGAUACCUUCUCUUUUAAGCACAACUGA